GUGUGUGUGUGUAUUGUAGCAUCUACGCCGAUUAUUUUUGCCAAAGUACGUGAGGAUGGGCUUACUACAGUACGGCUUGGUUUGGGUUACAGUAUCAUGCAUCUUUUCCAAGAGUUUUUGGGUGACCGCGGAACAAUGCAACCUGUUGAAUUCCGAACAAAAAGCCGCCUGCUUCGACAGAGGGGCAUUGACAACCACUGAUGACGCUAGAGACGUGGCAUGGAUCGAAACCUGUGUUGUGAGGUACUUUUGCCUCCAGCCACAACCAGGACAAGACCCUAAAGCCUUCAAGAAACCACAAUUUGAGCAAGAAAUGAGAACCUUUAGUCAAGGCGACUAUUUUGAGUAUGCAGCAACAAGAAUCGAAAAUUUCUUUCUUCGUAACCUUGACUGGAAAGUAACCAAAUCAAACCCAGAUUUCAAAGCUAAUGGAUGUGUCAARCUUCUUGCCAUCACUGAAGCCCGUUACCUCUACGUUACAUAUGUACUAUUCAUCCAAAGUGGUAAAACACUAACUGCAUGUCAGCAGGACAGCAAUAAAAAGUUCAUUCUGCCAGCAGGCGUGUGCUUCCCUCGACCUUAUGGCAGCGCUACUUGUACCUCUGACUACGAUGUGGGCCUGAUUGGACAUACGUCAGGAAUACUGACAAGUGCAUUCAACGAGCAUUUUAGAGAAAAAUUUAACAAGCCAUCAGAAGAGGWGUUUGACACUAACGUUUACGCGUAUACCCUUGAAUACGCUAUGCCUGAGCUGUUUACUGGCAUGACUGGUUACUUUAAGAACAUCGUUCCUUACUUGGAUCUGAAACCUUGGUAUCAAAUGCAGGAACUUGCCAGCUCCUAUUUUAAGAUGUACAAAUUCAGAGACUCAUUUUAUAAGGAACUCAAAGAUGACGCCCAAGCUAACCUUGGUGGACUAGGACUGAUCAAAUCUGUACCUGACCGAAACCGGUUCUUUACAGCAUUUAUCAGAAAGCUUGAGAACUGGGAUAAGACCAAGAAAGCAGUGAAAAAUAUCGACGACCUGARAAGCGAACAUAAUACAAUCUACGAAGACAGAGUGAAGGAAGCUAAAGACCAUUUUGAUAAGAGAGACAGCUACCAAGAGAUUGUUCGGUACAUGUCAGAGAUGUCAGUGGCUCUAGUAUAUGCAGCCGAGGCCUAUCACACCAGAGGUGCCAUGCGACACGUGGUUGGUGAUCUUCAAAUGCACUCACAGAUUGUCAAGGCAACCACUACAGUAAUGGACUACUGGGUGUCUAUGAUUGAGAACUGGGCUGACUCCAACAAGGAAUAUGAACACUGCACCGAGAUUAAAGUAGAAGCAUGUCUCCUCAAGAUGAGCAAAUACCUGCGCCGUACAUUCCAUGCAAUGAAAAGCAUCUACAAUAUUUUAUCUAGGAUCCCUAAUCCUGGAAAUGCACUCAGGGCCGCUAGGCUUCUCCCGGAGUAUCCCUCACAACCCGACCCUGAGGUAAUAUCGCUGCAAUGGGUUUCCGAAUUUCGAGGUGUGCGAGAAGAGAUUCCAGACUUCAACACGAAUAUCAAACCCUUUCUGGAUACCAUUGGCUGUAGUGGUCAAAGAGAAAAAACACCUUUGGAUUUUGACUGCAUGAAGAGCAUCCAAGCUAAAGUGAUGUCAUACAACAACAUCCUGGUGUCUGCUACAGCUAAAGAUUCUGCAGCUGUUCAAGCUAUCUUUAUUCUAAUGCCCAACGGACAACAGAAAACUGCUCCGCUUCCUUAGUAUAUCAAAUGUAUACA